AUGGCGUCCGCCGCCGACCUCGACGGACUUGUGCUCCUUCGCCAAUCCAUCUCCUCCAACGCGCCCUUCAUCCCCACCGCAUCAGCUGAUGCUUCUGCGACCGAAGUUCAUCUAUCUCAGGCGACGCACUUGCGAUUCCCCGAUCGAGAUGUCGCCGUCCCUAUCGAUAACCCGACGCGCUUUGUGUCGCAAGACAAGCCCGUAGAUCUGCGCAGUAUCUACUUUGCUUGGCUGAACCGCGAGGUCGCUAUCCCUGAAUACAAUGCUUCUUCUACAAAGCUCAACGAGGAACUUGCUGCGGCUGGUGGCUCGGGGAAGGUCCAGAACUUGGGUUUCAUUGAGCGUCUGGAUUUGAUUACCUGGCUUGAGGGCGCUAGCGAGGAGAGCGAGUAUAUCAAGCCUUUGCCUAGCGACAAAGAUGCGGCGGCUGCUGGCGCGACAGCAGCUGCGAAGACGGGCGCAGUGACCUCGAUUGCUCAGUCGCGAUCUGGUCGUGGUACUAUGGACCCGAGACUGGCUGGUAUCUACAAUAGCGAACGGAAGAUGGGCGAUCGCAACACCGUUUUAAGGGGCAUCAAACCUACGGACUUCUCCCAUGUUCGCAAACUUGCUGCGCCUUUCAUCCAGAAGAAAUACCAGCCUAGCUCCAGCAUCCCUACUAACCCAUCCCUCGCCCUCAACCAAAAACCUCCUACAAGACGGCCAGACCCUAUCAUUCUCCUAUCUCCUUCUGCUUCUUCUUUGCUUCGCCUAUCAAACGCUCGAUCGUUCCUCGAGGACGGCAAGUUUGUGCCUACUGAUGCAGGCAGUGCGUUAAGCAACAUGCUUCAUGUGCAGCGUAUCAUCCCCUCCAUUGAUCCCAACCGUCCAAUGCGUUUCAUUCUUGUAGAGGGUCCUGAAGCGUUCAAGCCCGAGUACUGGAACAGAAUCGUGGCGGUUCUGACCACUGGCCAGACUUGGCAGUUCAAGAACUACAAGUGGAGUGACCCCAACGAGCUCUUCAAGCACACACUGGGCAUCUAUGUCGGUUGGCGAGGAGAGUCAGCUCCGGAUAAUAUCCGCAACUGGGGUCACCGCGUUCUGUCUACAGGCAUUGACCGAUGGCGAGGAGAGGGCCACGAUGCUUCGCGAUUCCGUGAUAAGGAGAUCGUGGAACAGAUCUGGCGGGCUAUUGAAGAGAACAUGCGGUACAGGGGUUGGAGAAAGGACAGGGCUCCCUCAUCGAUAUAG